AUGGCAUAUUACUUAGCCGACGACAUUUAUCCGAAGUGGGCAACUUUUGUUCAGGGUAUCACAACCCCUCAACUUCAAAAAGAUAAAUUGUUCGCUGACCACCAGGCUGCUGCUCGAAAGGACGUUGAAAGAGCAUUCGGUGUUUUGCAAGCUCGAUUUGCAAUAAUACGAAAACCGUCACUGGCGUACGAUGAGGACAUACUACGAGACAUAAUGAAAGCAUGUAUCAUUAUGCACAACAUAAUUGUUGAAGAUGAGCGCCACAACUACACUCGAGCCGAAGUUCUAAGAGCCUUCUACGAAGAAGAUCAACAAGAAUCAACACCAGCAUCAACAUCUACAACGCCACCGUUUGAAUUCAACGUAAGUCGACCUACCAACUUUGACUUCAACGCAUUUCUACAACGAAAAGCUUCCCUCCGUGACAGAGAAAUUCAUCUAUCUCUGAAACGUGAUUUAGUCGAACAUAUUUGGCAACGAUACGGGCCACGUAAUUAG